UCAAGUUUUCAAAAUACUGAAGUUAAUGGUGCCUCUCUCUGGGUAAUGGUUUCCAGAGUGGUGAGGUAGAAUUUAGGUGUUUGCUGGCUGUUCACUUAUGGUGGUUUCCCUUGGGAGUCUAGUGGACCAUAUUGGCCAGCCUGUUUGGCCCAAAGAAUGGGGAAAUAUCUUUUUUCUACAAAUGUAUAGGAAUGGUACCAUCUAAAUUUAUUGUUUGUGUAGUCUAUGCCUUUCAUCCGAGAGACUCCUCUCAUUGUCUUGCUAAGGGCCGUCUGUUUUUGCCCUUACAAUGAUUUAUGAGCUUAGGUCCACUGUCUUGGAUCCACUAUUGGAUGUCUUAGGAUGACGUCAUAUUUAUUUUCAGUUAAGUGGGACUUAGUUUUGUUUGACAUUCUUGAUCUCAAUAUACAACUAGUUGGAGGUGAAAUUUUUAUGUCUGAUCUGUUCCUUUCUUUUGUUUACAGUGCAUCAGAUUGGAAAGUGCCAACCACUUUCAUAUAUGGUGUCAAAGAUUGGAUGAACUAUCAAGGUGCGCAAGAAGCCCGCAAGCAUAUGAAAGUUCCUUGUGAAAUUAUUAGGGUCCCCCAGGCUGGGCAUUUUGUGUUCAUAGAUAACCCAAAUGGUUUCCACGCAGCCAUGUUCUAUGCUUGCAGGAGGUUUCUUUCACCUGACCCCGAUAAUGAAUCUUUUCCUGAAGGUCUUUCAUCAGCCUAGAAAAUGACAGGUUUUACCUUUCCCUGCCAAUUUGUAUAAUUUAAUUACAUGAAUUAAUCGGUCAGAUAAGCAAAUUCUUUCUGGCAAUAAGACAUUCUUUACGCCCAUGUAGUCUCCAGCCUUGUACAUUAACACUGAAUAAGUGAUUUGUAAUGUUAAUGUGUAGAUUCUUUUAUGCCUUGGUUAUCUAUUGUCUAGAUUUAUUCAUGCAUACCAGAUAUUUAUCUUUGAACCAACUAUAACAUUUUUGUGGGCAGUUGUAGAAAUAGAAUAGGAUCAAUGUAAGACUUUAAUCAUGCCAGCGAUUGCCAGCCAGGCUGGUGAUUGAGGAAACUCAUGCUGCUCGUAGCAAUUAGCUAGCUGGAGCCCAGGGACAAUCAAUAGUUUACGAGUCUGCAACAAAAUAAGGAGCUCACUGAAAUUUUCUAGUUUGAGCUUAUUAACUCCUCCAU